AUGAAUUAAAAUUGAAAUUGAAACAGGCAUAACCUCAAAAAGGUUUCCGCCAUGAAACCUCAACGACAACUAAACGAACACGGAGAACACCAAAAUGAAACCGAAACUCGUACAUGUAUAUAAUCAAUGUCCGAAUCAUCCAAGUGAAAAACAUCAAAGAAGAGACAAAACAAGGAUCCAUAGAAGUUCAGAAGAAGAUCGGAGAUGGAGAGCACACAGCGUUUGAUAGAGAUGUUGCCUUUGGCGCCAAGAAAGCCAAAGUCGAAGGCACAGAAGGUGGUGAGGAAGACAUUCAAAGGGACCACUCAAUUGUCCAAGCUCUUGCCCACGGGUUCGGUCCUGACGUUCCAGAUAUUGUGUCCGGUCCUGACCCAUCAGGGCCAGUGUCCCACCCAGGCUAGCCGUAGCCUCACCCUCUUCCUCGUCUUCCUCUGCGCCUUCUCCUGCUUCCUUCUCUCCUUCACCGACUCAUGCCGGGACCAGUUUGGGAAGGUGAGGUACGGCCUGGCCACGGCCACAGGGCUGUGGGUGAUGGACGGGUCGGUGGAGCUGGCUGGAGCGGAGGCAGAGAAGUACAGGCUGAGGUUCCUGGAUUUUGCCCACGCCACCAUGUCGAUGUUGGUGUUCGGAGCGGUGACGAUGUUCGACAAGAACGUGGUGAGAUGUUUAUUCCCGGUGCCGUCAGAGGAGGUGAAGGAGCUGCUGAUGCGUCUGCCGAUUAUGGUUGGUUUCAUCUGUGUUGCCUUCUUCCUCGUCUUCCCCACACGCCGCCAUGGCAUCGGCUCUCCUCUCUCUAAGGAAUGAUUAGCUUUUCCAUUUUCCCGUCUCUUAGACAGU